AUUAAUCCAAAAUACUUGAAUGCAUCAAUGUAAAACCCGUUAUGGGUAAAACCCGAAAUUAAGGAAUUCCAAGUGACUAUGUUCUUUUGUUCUGUUUUGUUGAAGAACGCAAGGGCUUUAUCCAUUUGAUUAACUUGACCAUAACCUGCGAUCAUGGUGUUCCAAGAAACCACGUCUUUUUUCACCAUCUUUUUGAAAAGAUCGAGUGCUUCCUCCAUGAUUCCGUUUUGAACAUAACCCACAAUCAUCGUGUUCCAACAAACAGUGUCUCGAUUGUGUACUUGAUUGAAGAUAUCACGGGCCUCGGUGAUUCUAUUGUUUUGGGCGAAUCCUGAGAUCAUUGCAGUUUGAGCUCCGGUGUUUUUGUAAGGCAUUUGAUCGAGCAGUUGGCGGCCUUGGUCUAGGUUACCAAUACGUACAUAUCCAUUGAUCAUGGUGGUCCACGAGACUGCGUUUUUUUCUGGCAUUUGGUUGAAUAGGGUUAAAGCUUCAUGGAUUUGGGAGUUUUGGACGUAAGCUGCUAUCAUGGCGUUCCAUGAGACUGUAUUCUUAACUGGCAUUUCAUCGAACAGUUUCCUGGCAUCCAUGAUUUGACCGUUUCUACCAAGCCCAGAUAAGAUUGUGACCCAAGAAAUGAUAUUUGGAUUCGGGGUACUCUUGAAGAAACUCCAAGCAGAAUCGAAAUCACCAAUUUGAGAAAACCCAUCGACCAUUAAGUUCCAGGAAACUACAUCUUUGACUGGGAUUUCCUCGAAGAACUUUGAAGCUAUACUCAUUUCUCCAAUUUGGGUAUAACCUCCAAGCAUUGAAUUCCAAGAGACUAAAUCUUUCACAGGCAUUUCAUCGAACAGUUGUCUAGCUUCCUUAAGUUUUCUAUGAUUUACAUAGCCUGAAAUCAUAGCAUUCCAACAAGCUGGGUUCGUCUUAUCAGGCAUUGAAUUAAAUAAAUUUCUAGCCUUUUCAAGCUCCCCGUUCCGAGUAUAGCAAGUGAUCAUCAGAGUCCAGGUGAAAACGUCUCUUUGAGGCAUUUGAUCAAACAGCUGACGUGCCUUUUCGACUCUGUCAUUGUGCAAACAACCCGCAAUCAUCGUGUUCCAAGAAACAAGAUUGCGGCGAGGCAUUUUAUCGAAUAGGUUUAAUGCAUCUUUAACUCUUCUAUUUUUCGCGUAGACAGAUAUCAUCGAGUUGAAUGUCACAGUGUUCCGAUGAGUCAUUUCGUUGAACAAUUUACAGGCUUCUUCGACCCUACCCGUUUUGCCAAACUGGGUUAUCUUGCUAUUUUGCUGAAAGAGAAUGCUCCCAUUCUCGACGACAGAUUGAAUCCUCGCUUUCAUGAUUGUUGAAUACAGGAUCAAACACCAACUUUAAUAUCACAUGCUCAAGACCAUCUUGUUGGUCCAAUUAGACCCAUCCGAGACUUCCUUUGAACAGCAUGAUUAUAUGAACUUUAGGUUCAAGGUUGCAUGUUUUGCUUUUGACAGAAAAACACCAUUCAACUGAUGCCAAACUGUGGAAUGGAAUAUGGUAUUGAAGGGUAAUGGAAAAAGGCAUGUUUGGUAAGGAAUGGAAAGACCCAUCAUGGAAGCAAUUCCAUUCAUUCAAAAUUUCAAAUCACCGAGUUUUCAUUUCUUGGGGUACCCCCAUUUUUUCAUUCCAUUCCCUCCGAUAGUUUUUAUUUUCCCAAAUUGCCCUCUAUCAUCUUCUCAAAUCGGAAGAAGAUACACGGCCUCAAAAUGGCAUGGCAUUAAACGACCAAAUCAUCUCUAUAAAAUGGAUUCCUGUUUAAAUGUUAGUAAAAAGGUAAAAAGUGAUUUAAAAAAAAAAGUUACAUAUCAACUAGACUCGAUUAUAUCCUUGUCAAGUCGUUUUGAUAUAUGUUUUAGAAAGCUAAAUAUAUGAGAUAAUCAAGUUUAAAUGAAAUAAAGGUGGAAAACUAGAUGUUGGAGCUCAUUCGCUUUAAAAUUUUCAUCCCUUUAAUAUAUUGGGGUUCAUUUAAAGAUAAUAAUAUAAUUUGUGUGUGUGGUCAUUUACGAUAUUUUUUAUAGUUUUUACCUUUUGGGUAAAUAAAAGAAAUUUCUAAUUUUUUUAAUUAAUGUUAUGAGAUGUAUAUAUUGAAUAACCGAAACUAACUGUUGUUUUUUAAAAGAAAUCAAAGAUUUAAAACCCCAAUCUUUAUGUAUAAAAAUGGGAUUCGACUGUUAACUUACUAAUUUAUGGUCCAACGAUGUUAAUAAGAUAUUAUUAUGUUAGCAAAUUCCCAAUAUUAUUUGAUAAGUUGUUAUUAUAAGGAUGUAUGGUAAAUUGUUAGAAUAAUAAUAAAGUGCACAUAUGAUUCUGUAGUAUGGUACAUAAAACACUCUGGUGUCACAAGGAAGAUAUGAGCAUACAAAAAUGGUGGAAGCAAGGUAUAAUGUGAUGAGUAAGUAUUCUAUCACUCCUUAACACUCUUUCUUCCCAUUUCUUUUUCCAAUAUAAAAACACACACUCACACACUCUUUCACACACACACACAACCAAACCAACUACACUCAUUAACCAUCAUGCACUCUCCCAUUCAAAUCAUCCUCCUAUUUACCCUUUUAUCAAUAGCAAACUUGUCAAAUUGCAUGAACCUCACAAUCAUCAACAACUGUCACGAAACCAUCUGGCCGGGUAUAACCGCCACCAACACCACCCUCCCAGGUGGCGGUUUCAUCCUGAAACCAGGCGAAACCGCCAUCUACGCCGCCCCAUCAGGGUGGGGCGGCCGAAUAUGGGGCAGAACAGGAUGCAAUUUCGACAAAAACGGCAACGGCACGUGCCAAACCGGAUCAUGCGGUACAACGCUAACUUGCACCACCCCAGGCACCCCGCCCGCAUCAAUCGCCGAAUUUACCCUCGGUGACACUGCUUUUUACGAUGUUAGCCUUGUAGAUGGAUUCAACUUGCCACUUACGGUUACACCGAUUGAAGGGAAAGGGGAAUGUAGUAUUGUUGGGUGUGAUACGGAUCUUAGGGUUAACUGCCCACCGGAGCUAAGUUUCCGGUUAGAUGGGAAAACGGUUGCAUGUCGGAGUGCGUGUAAUGUUUUUGAUUCCGAUGAGUUUUGUUGUAAAGGAAUGUAUUCGAAUCCAGUCACGUGUGUGGCAACAAAUUACUCAAAGAUUUUCAAAACGGCUUGCCCCGUUGCAUAUAGCUAUGCUUAUGAUGAUCCCACCAGCAUUAUAACAUGUUCUACUACGGAUUUUGUGGUCUCAUUUUGUUCGCCAAGGAAUCAGACACAACAAUGCUCGUAUCAUGAUAAUAAACUUGUAUGUAACGGGUCAACGAGGUCAAAGUCAACGCCUUACAUAUGGCUAUUUUUCAUGUUUUUUUUGCCAAUAGCAAUUCAAAUCCGAAUUAUAUCUUGAAGAGAUCAUCUGUACAGUAUAUAAUCAUGCUACCUAAAUUCUAUGAACAAAAUCAAUCUCUGUACAAAUAUUAUCGAGUAAAAGUUACAACACGAUAAAUGGAUUUUGACUUUACUGCUUAUCCCGAGUUCUUUCUAAUUUUGGAAAGUCAAUUGUUUCCUUGUUUUGACUUUUGGCAUCUUUGUCAUCAAAUGGCAACACUGAAACAGGGGCAGCAGGCACUGUAUUCCAACGAGCUUUUAAAAAGCUUUUGAGCUUUCUAACCAUUUCUUUCCUGAACUCAAGUUCUUGUGUGAAAAGAUCAAGUACAAGAAAGGAAAGAACAUAUUUAAAAGGUAUAGUAAGAAGAACCACAGAAC